GACGCAUUAUUGCAGCUGGAACACUUUGCACGAACCAAAGUAGCGCGUGCACUUUCUCUGGAGAAGCGCAGAAAGCGACCGGAAGGGGGACAUAAAUCACCAAGGAACCGGAGAUUUUUCCUUCUAACCGCAUUCUUUCCCCUUCAUAGUUAUCUUAUAAAUAUAAACCGCAGGAAAUUAUUUGAGCAGCUUUAGUGGAAGAGCGCGAGCAGCCAAUCAGCGCUGCGCUCAGCAUCCAGGAGGAAUCCUCAGCAUCACUUCAGGGCUGCACGCAGGAACCAAAACAUCCCGGAUUCAGGAUUUAAAACUGAUUUUUUUUUUUUUCUUCAUCAUCAUCCAAGCCAGCCCCGCAUCCUGACUCAGCGCACAGCCAGUUAGCGGCUUUGUGUUGCCACAUUUAGAGGUCUGAAUCUGCGCCAUCUUCAACACACCCGAAGCUCUUUACCGAUUAAAAAGCUUCAUUUUAGCAGGACAAGCCAACAGAUCUGCUUCUUUUUUGGGAUUUUUUUUUUACAAUUCCUGUUGUACUUCAGACCCUCCCUCUCCUUCCUCACAGCGACCCUCCUCCUCCUCCUCUUCCUCAGCAGCCUGUGAAUCAGUUCAAACAGCUGCAGAGAAGAUGUCUGCCCCCGAUGCUGCACCGCCAGCUGGAGCUCCAGGUGCUCCGGGUGCCCCUGGUGCAGAUGGAGCCCCAGCCGGCCCCCCUGCCGGCCCACCCAACACUUCCAGUAACCGCAGGCUACAGCAGACUCAGGCCCAAGUAGAGGAGGUGGUGGACAUCAUGCGGGUGAAUGUGGACAAGGUUUUGGAAAGAGACCAGAAGCUUUCAGAGCUGGAUGACAGAGCAGAUGCUCUGCAGGCCGGAGCCUCCCAGUUUGAAAGCUGCGCAGCCAAGCUAAAAAACAAGUACUGGUGGAAAAACUGCAAGAUGAUGAUCAUGAUGGGUAUCAUUGGAGUUAUUGUGGUUGGAAUAAUAUUCUUGUACUUCUUCCACUGAGCUUCGCCCAUCAUUACAGAUGAAUAUGAACUUCAGGAGAACAUUAAAGGGAAGAGAGAAAAAAGCUCCACUCCUCUCCUCCCUCUCUUCACUCAGUCGUCCAUCCAACCAUCCUGCACUUAAAAUGUAGCGUUUGUAGGUGUCUCCACUCUGUUCGCUCCCCUCCUCCUCGUUGCUUUCCUCCACCGCCCUGGCUCACUCCCUCCUUUCUCUGUGCCUCAUGUAUUAUUGACGGCUGCAGCUGGCAGACUGAAAGAGGGAGCAAGUAAAAGGAAGAGAGUAGACAGGAACACGUGAGGCUAAACCCACUGAGAUGUGAGGGGAGACUGAACAAGUUUGCAGGAUUUCUACUUCAGAUACGCCAAAGCUUGUUCAUAUGACCUUUUUCAGAUAUCUACAUUUGUACAUUGAUACUGACAUUAACUAAAACUCUAUUUGUCACUACUGCUUACGUCAUUACUAAAGUGUUAGAUUAAGAAUACAAUCAUAUUGUGGUCAACAGCUAAUAGAUUUUUACCUAACAGGUUUUGUUUUGAAUUAUCUACUUAAAUUGUCUUUUAUUUCUGCAGCAGCGACAUAAAUGAGGAACUGUGGGAAAGUUAGAAAACAAGAAGUAGAUGUCUGGCAACAUCUUUUCCUAAAUAUGUUCAAGUUAAUUCCUGACUAAUACGUAGUAACAAUUUAUUCUUAUAAUUGUACUUCAUGUGCUCCUGGGUUUUUGUACGGUGUCUGGGGGCAUGAAGCAAACACACAAAGCAGCUUCUGACAGACAAUCUGCUGCACGACUGAACGGACGCACAGGAAAGGCUCCUAACUCUGACUGAGCCAGAGUCUCAGCCAUAGACAGAUUGUUUAGUGCCACAUUUCAAACAUUUCAGAGACAAGUGUUUACUGUUUGAGUCGACCUGAGCUUCAGAGAAACAUUAAUUAGGAACUAAAUCAGGACUGUGAUCCUCAGAGCCACGUGUCCAUCCCACCUCCUGCUGACUCACACAAAAACAUCCGUCACUGCAGCACAGUAACCAGAAUGAGGUGUUCAUGUCUAACUUGCAUGGCCAACAAUAUCCAUAUUUGUGUGACGCGUGUAUCUGCCAUUUCUGAAUCCUACUGCCGAUUGUACAUUUAGUUUUGUCAGUGGUUUUAAUGUCUUUCUGAUCGGAUACUUACUGCUUGUGCAAAGUGCGACGAUGCUCACGAGUUUGCCAAGAUUCAACAGAAAUCAC